GUGCCAAAAAGUGACAAAAGUUUCAUUUUUUUUUUUUAAUGAUGUUGCUCAGGGCUGUCUUAGGCAAAUGAGGAUUUAAAAUGUCCAUGGCAGAGUCUUUCUUGUUUGCUCCUGGUGGGAUGCAAAUGUACAGUGUAGAGGGAACCGGAGGAACUUGAACUUUAGUUUGUGUGUGUUUAGUUAGUUUAAAUGUGUUGCGCUCAAAUUGUCCUAAGAAGGUUCUUGAGCUCUCCUCUCCUGUCAUCCCCUCCUUGCUCCCUCCUCCCCUCCCUUUCCUCCGAGGUGUCCCACUAAUUCACUCCUCUCACUACCCCCUAAACAAGUCAAGUGUAAAGCGCGUGAGUGAAUCUUAGACACAGGAGACAAGCCAUGAGAGGAGGACGAGUGUGUGGAGGACAAACGGCGGUGAUGUCUUCAGGUGAGGACGGUCUGAUUGGGAUCCCCUUCCCGGAGCACAGCAACGAGCUGCUGUCCCACCUCAAUGACCAGAGGCGUUCGGGGCUCCUAUGCGAUCUCACUCUGACCUCUCAUGGGGCACACUACCCGACCCACCGCUCCGUCAUGGCCGCCGUCAGUCUCUACUUCCGCCGGCUCUUUGGGUCAGAAGAAGGCAGCUUUGGCGAGGGCGGCGGUGGGGGAGGUUUCAGCGUGUGCCAGCUGGAUUGCGUUGCGCCCGACGCCCUGGAUGCCCUGCUAGAGUUCGCCUACACGGCCACCCUGACCAUCCCCUGCUCUGGAAUGAGGGACGUCCUGCGGGGGGCUCAGCUUCUGGGCAUCCAGUGUGUGGCGGACGCCUGCAGGGACAUCCUGGGGGAGAAGGCGGAGCCGGACGAGGAAGAGAAGCAGAGGGACGAGCACGCUUCUGCUGUUCGGCCAGGAGAAGCGCAUGGAUCCCGAAGGAAAACUGACAGAAAGAAGAUGAAAAAAGUGGGGCCGCAUCACAUUGAUUCAUUGUUGAACCCGCUGCCUGCUUCUCCCAUCUCGUACCCCGCACCUCUACCGGAGAGCUUGCGCUCGCUGACCCCCGCCCAGCCCCCCAGUCCUGAACCAGACGAGGUCCUCUUGCGAUGGAGGCAGAAUGGGGUCCGGGUACCAGAGAGGGGGCCCACGUUAAACGGAGGACACCUCCAUUGGAUGCACGAACGCCCCCCACCUCCAGCAGCGCCACCAGAGGACAAACUGUCCGAGGAAGAUGACAUGGAGGGCUUUGGCAACGAAGGUACGCUGAUGGAAAGCACCUCCACCGCUUCCUCUGUGCCCGAGCCAGGAGAAGGCGCGGCGGCAGCCCCUGCGACGAUGGCGAUGGGAGUAGGCAGGAAGAGGAAGUCGCAAAUGCCUCAGCAGUGUCCCGUCUGUCAGAAGAUCAUCCACGGGGCGGGAAAACUGCCUCGACACAUGAGGACGCACACCGGAGAGAAGCCCUUCCAGUGCUCAGCCUGCGGGGUUCGCUUCACCAGGAAUGACAAGUUGAAGAUCCACAUGAGGAGGCACACAGGCGAGCGGCCCUACUCAUGUCCGCACUGCCCAGCUCGCUUCCUGCACUCGUACGACCUGAAGAACCACUUAUCCCUGCACAGCGGCGCGCGGCCCUUUGAGUGCCUGCUCUGCCACAAGGCCUUCGCGCGGGAGGAUCACCUCCAGCGCCACCGCAAGGGACACAGCUGCCUGGAGCUGCGCACACGGCGGCCCAGACGAGAGCACGACGACCAAGAAGAAGUGGACAUAGACGGAGGUGAGACCAUCAUGUGCCUCAAGCCCCCGCCGGCCCACUCCUCUGCGUAUCUGCGGCCCACCAUGCUGGAAGGCGGGAUGUUCCAAGUAGAUGUCGAUAGGGAGCGCUCGCUCGCCCUGCAGGCUCUGGCGCAGCUCAGCCCGCACCGGUUCGCCAACUACCAGAGCCUCUUUCUGCGAGGCGUGGAGCUGCGAGGGGGCAGGGAAGACGAGCCCAAGGAUCCGGGGGGAGUCAACUCGCAACAUCACAGCUGGCCACAGGAAGCGGAAGGGAAUAUUGGUGAGGAGGAGGAGGAAGAAUAGUGAAUGUUUGAAUGCGUGCGUGGUCGUAUGUGGUAUUGUAUCCACAUUAAAAAAAAAAAUAUAAUAUUACUUAGGUGGCAGGACCUGCUGCUCCAUGUUGAGAGCACUUAGAAAAAAACCGACAAAACAAAAAAAUGGAAAACGGGUUUGCUGAAUAAUUUUAAAGGUUUUUUUGUCCACUGGCUCAUAGCAUUUAAUUUAGUUUCUCCUUUUACGCUCUUUUUCUUUUUAGGUUUAAGUUGUCUUUUUGUUUAUCUCUGUGUGUGCGUGUGUGUGUGUGUGUGUGCGUGUGUGUGUGUGCGUGCGUGCGUGUUCAUAUUUGAAGUUACCGGGAUGCUUUUCCCUCUGCAAAAAGAAAUUAGUGCUACAAAAUGGAGGAAAGAUGAAUAUGAUAUAUAUAUAUAUAUUGUUUUUUUUUUUCAUAUUGUUAUUGUAUUGCACAUCCCGGUACAACUUGAUCAGGAGCUGUCUUUGCUUGGAUUUGGUGCUGGAACCAAAGAUUUAGUUUUUUUUUUUCUUUUUUUGGAUAACUUCAAAAAGAAAGCUAAAAUGAAUUGUAGCCAAUGUUGGGUUCCAAGAACUCCUUCAAGCUUUCUUCUGACUGUUUUUGAACUAUUCUGCUUCCAUAUUUGAGAAUUUUCUGUCUGAAUGACCAAAAGAGACCAAGUCUUGCUCAGUUUCCCCCCCCCCCCCCCCCCCCCCCUUUAAACGACUGUUGAUUUCAGUCUUCCAUUUGGCUUCCUUAGUAGAGACAAAAAGGUGAGGGGAUGAAUGAGAGCGUUUUCCCCUUCCUUCUGUAUUUAUUUAUUUAUUGUUUUAAUUUAUUUUUCAUCUUUUAUGCAAGAUCAAAUCCAGGGUUCGUCAACAGUCUUAUCUCAUCUGUAUGUGGGAGAAUGUGGCUCCACAUCCCUUUUUAGCGGUCCACCAAUGCAUUCCUUGCACAUGUGAACAUUAGGUACUGCGCAAAAAAACAUUCCACUCUCCGCAACCUUCGGAAUGUGGGCCAUAUAUGGCCUGCCAGAGCCUUUUAUUUGGCCCGCCAUUCUUAAAAAAAACAAAACAAAACAAACAAACAAAAAAACUAAACUAAAAAAAAUAAUCUGAACACAAAUUCUCAUAGUAUUUGAAAAUAAGCAUUUGUUGUGUCAUAUUUUUUCAUUCAUUUAUCAUGGCUCUUGGAAGGACUUAAAAAAAUUUAUAUUCCCCCUUAAAGAGGUUCAAGACUCUUGAGGAAAACAUUUAUGUACUGUAAAAGGAAGGCCAAAUGAGUGUAACACUGCAGCAUGAACAGUCUGUAGAGUCCAUUGUCUGCUCAAUCAAAAAAGCUCAGGAUACACCAGUGGUUCCCACCGAACAGGUUACUCACAGGUCAUCAUUACUUGAAAUUUGUGUUUUUUGAAACGCACAUCCUAAGGAAAAAAAAAAAAAAAAGCUUCAUCAGAGAGUGAGACUCACCCAUGACAAUAUAUUUACAUUGCAUUAUAUUCCUGCAAGUGACUUCAAUUUUCUCAGUUGUCUCGUCUACACCAUCUGUUAACUCAGUACGCUGCCUUCUUGGAAACUGGGAUGUUAGAAACUUACCAUCCCACACUACCAAAAGUCUCUCAAAUUCGGAACUAAUCAAUGUGCCCCGAAUGUGAAUUAAAAGAUUAGAUUUACACUAUUUCCGCUAAUCGGGGGCACUCUAAUAGAUGCUGUCUUAAUUUGUAGUGGGGCUAGGUGUGCCGACCACUUGAAAAAAAUAUACACACCUCUCCCCAAGUACAGAAUAGCCCUUACUUUUCCCGAUCAGGGGGGAAAAAAACAGGUCAUAACUGUAAAGUUCAUGACCACUAUUGAUCAAAUGAAGCUUCAAAAUUGGCUCGCUCCCUGAUAACAUUGCUCGUAUUGUAACCCCUGUGAUCCCAUUAUGUGGAGACGAAUAAAUGAAAUAACUACCUAAAUUAAUUUGUAAAAAUAAAGUCCUCCCCCCCUGCAUAGUUAUUGAUAUGGUGCCUGUAAUCCUUAUCAAGGUUGUCAGCCAUGUGUUUAAUGUAUUUUGCAGUGAAAUUGACCUUUUCCAACUUCUUAGCAGUCUCGAUCCCACUACUUGGGUCUGUAAUCUGGCGCCUCCUGUUGGGGCAAAUUGUAACGACAAAGACACAUUGCUUACUUGAGUAGUCAUCAACUCAGUCACAUGGGACCAUUUAAGACUUCUUUUUUUUUUAACGUUGAAAUACUAUGAACGUCCUUUCUCUUGUUUAGUACAGAGUCGUAUUGAAAUCUACUAUAAUAUAUACUGUAUAUAACGUGAUGAAGUUGCCUUAGUUUUUUUUUUUUCUCUGCACUUCUUCUCAGGAACUAUUGAGCAAUGCACUAAGUGGUUAUAAGACCUCAAAUGGGGGAAUAAGAUGCUGGUGUGCUCCGACACGCUCUUCAUGCAGACAUGAGGCCGCUGGUUUGAAAACAAUAAAAUUACAAUCAUGAAUAGUUAAUAUUCCGAGCUGGAUUAGAAAUGCAUUUACAUGAACUACUACUGGUCUUAAUGGAGAGCGUUAGUGCUUGGUCCAAAUGGAGUGAGUGCGUGCGACUCAAUGCCAGUUGUGAAGUGUACCUCUAUAUACAUUUUAGUGGUUUGGGUGAAGGGAGGAGGGUCCAAGACCACCUCACUAUCAGGGAUGUGUUUGAUUUUGUCUGUCAGUUUCUUUUUUAGCUGACCUUCGCUUUAUGUCUUGUCCUUUUUUUACCCCUUCCACAUAAUGUCAGUCAAAGAACACAAAUAAUAAUAACAAUAAAAAAAAGUCCAAGCUUG